GUAAAAUUGACCUACCCUGCAAGUGUCUGGGAAGAAUUCCCCAGGAGGACAAGCUGUGUCGUUGCGCGGGGCGUGUGCCGAGGGUGUGGGUCCGUGUGUGUGUGUCUCCACGUGUAAGGCUGGGCGCCCCGGGCAAUUCGCCAGACCUAGCCGGGACUCGGGGCUCUUUCGGGGAGCCUGGCGAGUCUGCUGGAUCGGGGCAGAGCCGUCCGGUGGUGGUGGUGGUGAUGCCCAGGCGAGGUGCCGCCGCUGGCAGGCGGGGGCAGCAGGUCUUCCCCAAGGCCGAGGAGGCGGGAGGCGGCGGCGGCGGCGGCGGCGGCGGCAGCGGCACCGACUCCCUGCAGGAGGCCCUGUUGAGCUUCGGUUCUGUGAUUGAGUUCUCCAGCCUCCGGGAAGUCAUCAAAGAUGCCAUCGCUUCCGUCCUCCCGAAAGUGGAAAGAGUGUUUGUAUACCUCCUGGAUGAGGAAGCUCGCCUGACCUGCAGCGAUCCACCACAUGACUUUCCACAGGAGGGCCGGCUCAGGGAUGCCGUCCUUCAGCAGAAGAGGGUGGCCUGCAAUGGAUUGCCAUUGGCUGAGCUGCAGGGCAAGCCGGUGGCCGGCUUGGCUGCCCCCUUAGCCGCCGGCAAGCAAGUGUUAAUCAAUCCUUUGGUGGACAAGAGUUCGGGGGCUGUGGUCUGUGUUAUCCUAGUUUACUGUGGGCAACUUUCGAACUCGGAUGAGCAAAACCUUCGGGCUUUGGAGAAGCAUAUCCUGGUGUCCUACAAGCGUCUCCAAAGCCUUCAGAAGUUGCAAUCCUGCCAGGCCAAACCUGUGGAGCCCCCCAGGAGCAGCUACAGCGAGCUGGACAGCAAGAUCCUGCAGUUGUGCGGGGAACUAUACGAUCUGGAUGCUGCCUCCCUCCAGCUCAAAGUCAUUAAUUACCUGAAGCAGGAGACCCAGUCUCAAUGUUGCUGUCUUCUCUUGGUCUCAGAGGACAACAAUCAGCUCUUCUGUCAGGUGGUUGGAGAUAAAGUCUUGGAGGAGGACAUGAGCUUCCCAUUAACCGUUGGACACUUGGGAAAAGUUGUGGAAGUGAAGCAAUCGCUUAUCCUGCAGGACAUCAGCUUGGAAGAGCACAAGCAACUGAACACCAUGCUGGGCUUCGAGGUGACCUCCAUGCUGUGUGUCCCUGUGGUCAGCAGAGCCACCUCCCAGGUGGUGGCCUUGGCCUGUGCCUUCAACAAACUUGGUGGAGAGACCUACACCGAAGCCGAUGUCUACAAAAUCCAGCAUUGCUUCUGCUACACUUCGACGGUGCUGACCAGCACCUUGGCCUUCCAGAAGGAGCAGAAACUCAAGUGGGAGUGUCAGGCUCUUUUGCAAGUGGCCAAGAACCUUUUCACUCACCUGGAUGAUGUUUCGGUGCUGCUGCAGGAGAUAAUCACGGAAGCCCGGAAUCUCAGCAAUGCUGAAAUAUGUUCGGUUUUCCUGCUGGACCGGAGCAGCCAUGAGUUGGUGGCCAAGGUAUUUGACGGCGGUGUGGUGGAUGACGAGAGCUAUGAAAUCCGGAUUCCAGCCGAUCAGGGCAUCGCCGGCCACGUGGCCACCACCGGCAAGAUCCUGAACAUCAAAGACGCCUACUCUCACCCCCUCUUCUACCGCGGCGUGGACGACAGCACCGGCUUUCGCACGAGGAACAUCCUCUGUUUCCCCAUCAAAGACGAGAAUCAGGAGGUGAUUGGAGUGGCAGAGCUGGUCAAUAAAAUCAACGGGCCAUGGUUUAGCAAAUUCGACGAGGAUCUGGCCACCGCCUUCUCCAUCUACUGUGGCAUCAGCAUCGCUCAUUCCUUGCUCUACAAGAAGGUCCAUGAGGCUCAGUACCGAAGCCACCUGGCCAACGAAAUGAUGAUGUACCACAUGAAGGUAUCCGAUGAUGAGCACACCAAACUUCUCCACGAAGGAAUCAUCCCAGUUUCACAAAUCGACCCAAACUUCGCCAAAUUCACGUACACACCACGAUCGCUUCCUGAGGACGACACAUCGAUGGCCAUUCUGAGCAUGCUCCAGGACAUGAACUUCAUCAGCAGUUACAAAAUGGACCGUCAAACCCUGGUCAGGUUCUGCCUCAUGGUGAAGAAGGGGUACAGAGACCCCCCCUAUCACAACUGGACGCACGCUUUCUCCGUGUCCCACUUCUGCUACCUGCUGUACAAGAAUCUGGAGCUCGUCAAUUAUCUGGAAGACAUCGAAAUCUUCGCCUUGUUCAUCUCCUGCAUGUGUCACGACUUGGAUCACCGAGGCACCAACAAUUCCUUUCAAGUGGCAUCGAAAUCCGUUCUCGCCGCUCUGUACAGUUCCGAAGGAUCCGUCAUGGAGAGACACCAUUUUGCUCAAGCCAUCGCCAUCCUGAACACCCACGGCUGCAACAUCUUCGAUCAUUUCUCUCGCAAGGAUUACCAAAGGAUGCUGGAUUUGAUGAGGGACAUCAUCCUGGCUACCGACCUCGCUCAUCACUUGAGGAUCUUCAAAGACUUGCAGAAGAUGGCCGACGUUGGCUACGACCCAGCGAACAAGCAGCACCACAGCCUCCUGCUGUACCUUCUCAUGACCUCCUGUGACCUCUCAGACCAGACCAAAGGCUGGAAAACCACCCGGAAGAUUGCGGAACUGAUCUACAAGGAGUUCUUCUCCCAGGGUGAUCUGGAGAAAGCCAUGGGCAACCGUCCGAUGGAGAUGAUGGACCGAGAAAAAGCUUACAUCCCUGAACUGCAGAUCAGUUUUAUGGAACACAUCGCCAUGCCCAUCUACAAGCUGCUUCAGGAGCUGUUCCCCAAGUCGUCCGAGCUUUACGAGCGGGUGGCCAGCAACCGGGAACACUGGACCAAAGUCUCGCACAAAUUCACACUCAGGGGCCUGCCCAGCAACAACUCCCUGGACUUUCUGGACGAGGAGUACGACCUGCAGACCAUGGCCGAGAAGGAUGGGCUGAAGAUGAACGGGUGCCUCGACGGAGAAGACGGCCACGGGGAAUCCGAACUGGAAUAAAGCCUGCCGCAGACCCCCCACCCACCCUCCACCCCAUCUCCCCACCCUCCCCCACACACACAAGUGCAACUUUCACCCCCUCCCUCCCCCGUUCCCCAGGGAAAGAGUCGGGUGGGGGGGCUGAGUUUGGAAAGAAGAAGGAAAAAAAAACCCAGGAUCUUUUUUUUAAAAAAAUUAUGCCGUGAACUUGACCUGCUGCAAAGCAACAUCUCCCCUUCUGGUUUGUUACCCAUUUCACUCCGGUUCCCAAUUCUGCAUUUUAGGGUCCGGCUCGCUCUGGUGUCGCCCCGGUUUUAACCGUCAGUUCUGGUUUUCUUGUGGUCUCGAUUGAUCCGGCACGGAGUUCUUGCCACCCACAUCUGUGGGGAUUCUCCAUCCUCUGAGCCAGGGGUCUCCAACCUUGGCAACUAGAAGCCUGGAGGACUUCAAUUCCCAGAAUUUCCCAGCCAGCAAAGCUGUACAGUAUAUGUGGUACCUUGCUCAAUAGUAGUAACUGUGAGAGGGAUCUUGGAGUCCUAAUGGACAACCAUUUAAAUACAAGCCAACAAUAUGCAGCCGCUACCAAAAAAGCCAACACAGUUCUGGGUUGCAUAAACAGAGGGAUAGAAUCAAGAUCACGUGAAGUGUUAAUACCGCUUUAUAAUGCCUUGGUAAGGCCACACUUGGAAUAUUGCAUCCAGUUUUGGUCGCCACGAUGUAAAAAAGAUGCUGAGACUCUAGAAAGAGUGCAGAGAAGAGCAGCAAAGAUGAUUAGGGGACUGGAGGCUAAAACAUAUGAAGAAUGGUUGCAGGAACUCGGUAUGCCUAGUUUAAUGAAAAGAAGGACUAGGGGAGACAUGAUAGCAGUGUUCCAAUAUCUCAGGGGUUGCCACAAAGAAGAGGGAGUCAAGCUAUUCUCCAAAGCACCUGAAGGUAGAACAAGAAGCAAUGGGUGGAAACUAAUCAAGGAGAGAAGCAACUUAGAACUAAGGAGAAAUUUCCUGACAGUUAGAACAAUUAAUCAGUGGAACAACUUGCCUGCAGAAGUUGUAAAUGCUCCAACACUGGAAAUUUUUGAGAAAAUGUUGGAUAGCCAUUUGUCUGAAGUGGUGUAGGGUUUCCUGCCUGAGCAGGGGGUUGGACUAGAAGACCUCCAAGGUCCCUUCCAACUCUGUUAUUAUUAUGAAGGCUGGCUGGGGAAUUCUGGGAGUUGAAGUCCUCCAAGCCUUAAAGUUGCCAAGGUUGGAGACCCCUGCUCUCUAACUUCUGGGUUAUCCCAGAAGUGGGGUUUUGUGUUUUUUUCUCUCCCAAAAAAAGCAACUGGACUUUCUUGGUGUUUUUUUUCCUCCUCGAAAACAUUUCGCUUCUCAUCCCAAGAAGCUUCUGAAGAACUGGAGGGGGAAAAAAAUAAUAAUAAUAAGAAAAUCCAGUUGCCUUUUGGGAAAAGCACCUGGGCGUCCUCCCACCUGCCCUAAUUUGUACCUUUCUCUCUGGAGGAUAGAUACGCGGUUUCUGAAGGCGCCUAGAAGGUCACCCACUUGCCGAGAAAGAGGAAUGUCUGGUUGGCACCUUUUCUGAUGUAAAACGUAAGGGAGCCUUGGGUUCUCCUUGGGGAGGGUUGGGAGGGCUGCCCCCCCGCACCCAAAACAGCUUUGGAAACUUUAGGGAGGGGGAGAAAUCGACUCCCUAAGGUUCAUUUUCAUUUUCUCCACAUUUCGACUCCGAAUUCUACCAAACAACGAAUGCAAAGCUCUGAAUUAGCAAAUUCACAUCCAACCAAUUCGUCAACUUUUUUCAAAUCUAGACAGCGGGUUUGUACCAAAUGCAGGUAGUCCUCAAGUGACGACCGUAGUUGAGCCCAAAUUUUUCGUUGCUAAGCCAGGCAGUUGUUAAGUGAGUUUUACCCCAUUUUACGCGCAACAGGAGAAAAUAUUUGUAACUCAGGGUUGAACAGUGAGCUCCUUGUUGCUCUCUGAGCUUGCUUGUUUUCUUGCAGACGUUUCAAGACCCAACUAGGUAACAUCAUCAGUGCUAGAAAGGAUUAUGGUAUGCAGAGUGGAGAAGGAGGAGGAGGAGGAGGAAAAGAACUGUGGGGUCCUUGGUUCCUAGCUGAGCUUGGUUGUUUUCCUGCAGACGCUUCAUGACCCAACUAUUUGACAUCAUCGGUGCUAGAAGGAUGUGCGGUUUGUACAGAGGAGGAAGAGGAGGAGGAAUGGGGCUGUGGGUCCUUGGUGGUCUCUGAGCUUGGUGGUUUUCUUGCAGACGUUUCAUGACCCAACUAGGGAACAUCAUCAGUGCUAGAAGGGAGUGUCCAGAUGAGUGAGUGAAGGUCAUCUAAGUAAGUUCUUCUUUUUUAGAAGUGGCUGUUCCUUUCAGUGGGCACCUUGUUGCCCAUAUUUCAUUGUCAAGUGGAGUAAGAACCUCGUAGAGGCCUACGCUUGUGUGUAUCCCUAACAAGGAAUUGUUAUCUGUUUUGUUGGGUAGUGAUGCAAAACUACAACCUAUCAGUCCGUACAACCCAACCCAGUUUUAAAUCCUUUUAACUCAAUUGUUAGCGGACAGCUUUGAGGUGGCCAAGAACUGCUCUUAAAAUAUUUGUAGGGAAAUAAGAACCGUAGAGUAGACCAGGUGGAUUUUCCAUUUUUUCCCCCCCAAUAGUUUUGGCUGGAGGAGCAAGAACGUCAGUUGUAUUCUUGGUUUUUUCUUUUAACUUUGUUACACUUGUGUCUCUAGAGUUUGUGUGGUCUUCCACACAAGACGUGUUAGAAUCCAGAUCAUGUGAAGUGUUAAUACCGCUUUAUAAGGCCUUGGUAAGGCCACACUUGGAAUACGGCAUCCAAUUUUGGUCGCCAAAAUAUAAAAAAGAUGUUGAGACUCUAGAAAGAGUGCAGAGAAGAGCAACCAAGAUGAUUAGGGGACUGGAGGCUAAAACAUAUGAAGAACGGUUGCAGGAACUGCGUAUGUCUAGUUUAAUAAAAAGAAGGACUAGGGGAGACAUGAUAGCUGUGUUCCAAUAUCUCAGGGGUUGCCACAAAGAAGAGGGAAUCAGGCUGUUCUCCAAAGCACCUGAGGGUAGAACAAGAAGCAAUGGGUGGAAACUCAUCAAAGAAAAAAGCAACUUAGAACUAAGGAGAAAUUUCCUGACAGUUAGAACAAUCAAUAAGUGGAACAACUUGCCUGCAGAAGUUGUGAAUGCUCCAACACUGGAAGUUUUUAAGAAGAGAUUAGAUAGCCAUUUGUCUGAAGUGGUGUAGGGUUUCCUGCCUGAGCAGGGGGUUGGCCUAGAAGACCUCUAAGGUACCUUCCAACUCUGUUAUUCGAUUCGAUUCUACUCCCACCACAGUAGGUCAGGAAACGACACCACCAACUUUCAAUAGUCAAGCCAGGUGAAUUUGAAUAGUGCAGGGAGAGAAGAAGCAAACAGGUGCCUUUUACACCUGUGGAUCUCAACCUUGACCACUGGUGGACUCCAACUCCCAGAAUUCCUCGCCAGGCAUCUCAAGCCAGGGGGGGAAUUCUGGGAGUUGAAGUCCACCCCUCUUCCAAGUGACCAAGGUUGGGAAACAGUGCGUUAGAAUCUUAGACCAGGAUCUAAACCAGGUUUGCCAGCUUCUUCAGCUUACUUAAGAACGUUCUCCAGAACAGGGGUCUCCAACCUUGGCCGCUUUAAGACUUGUGGACUUCAACUCCCAGAGUUCCUCAGCCAGCAAAGCUGGCUGAGGAAUUCUGGGAGUUGAAGUCCACAAGUCUUAAAGCGGCCAAGGUUGGAGACCCCUGCUCCAGAACAUCCAUUCUUUGCCAUCUCAAUGGCUUUUCUCCAGAACCCUUGGACAAUUAUUUCUCCCCUUCCAAGCUGUUUUUUGGACACAGGGAGUGUAACAUGUAGCCAAGCUGCCCCGAUUGUAUUUUUUGCAAUUGUACAGCUGUUGAGUCAUUUGCUCCUUUCUCAACCACCGGACUGGAGAACGUUUCUCAUUUCAUCCCCCGGCUCACUUUCAGCGCUGUAGGGUCUGAAGAUAGGGUCAUAUUUUGGCUUUUCGGGGACAAUCCUUAACUCCCGAUGGGUUAGGGGCAACCGGUAACGUGCAGAGAGAGUGAAAGCCGCCCCAUUUUCUGCAGCGAACUUGUGAUGGGUUUGUGAAGCCAGAGCCACAACUCCAGCAGGAAACGGUGUCUUCAUUUGCCUUACGUUUUCUAUGUUGCCUUCCGGCUGAUGCUUCUACGCGCCACCCUUGACAUCCGUCCGAUAGCAACUUACCAACUGAGUGUGUCAGUCUGAGGCAACUCACUGCUAGUAGAUGCAACAGUAUUUAUUUUGCUCCUGGCCUCCCUCAAAAAAGGAACGAGGAAGAAACGGGACUGGCAAGGGGACACAACAACCGGAUUUGGCGACCUUGCAAAAUUUGCAAAAACUUUCUUCUUUUACUCUGAUCUUGGAUGUCUCCCAUUGGACACCGAAGACCCAAAUCCAAACAGACCCAGCCUUCCUCGCUGGAGGUGAGGAUGAGGAUGGAUUGGGGGGGGGGCUUGUGCUCUCUGUAAAGACGGAAUACAGAUAGUCCUCGACUUACGGCCACAAUUGAGCCCAAGCUUUCUGUCGUUAAGCGAGACAUUUGUUCAGCGAGUUUUGCCCCGUUUUACGACCUUUCUUGCCACAGUUGUUAAGCGAAUCCGGCUUCCCCAUUGGUUAUGCUGGUCAGAAGGUCACAAAAGGUGAACAUACGACCCCGGGAUCCUGCAACCGUCAUAAAUAUGAGUCAGUUGCGAAGAGUCUGAAUUUGGAUCACGGGACCACGGCAACGGUUGUAAGUGUGAAAAAAUGGACAUAAGUCACUUUUCCUUCGGUGCCGUUGUAAUUUUGAACGGUCACUAAACGAACUGUCGUAAGUCGAGGACUUCCUGUAAUCCAUGCAACGUUGUAAUUUGGAAGAAUCCUAGACCUGGCCUGAGAGAAACCAACGGCCAGAGAGGAUUCUUCGUUGAGCGCCUCCUCUUGCCCAGAAAUCCGGGGUCAAAACUGGGUCCUUAUCGGAGAAGAAGUAUUUCUAUUUGUAAAUACGAAUUCCAGAAUCAGGAAAGGUGUGACUGUGGGUUUCUGCAACCCACGUGACGAGGGAAGGGGGUUCCUGGUGACUCAACCUGGUUCUGGCAUCUUGCAGACCAGGAGACCCCAUAAAACCAAGAUAUGGCUUAUUUCCUGGAGCACAACAUGGUGGGAACCCAACCGUUGUGAGUUCCCCAGAGUUUCAGAAUCACCAUCUUGUAUGAAACCCUACCAUGAUAUAGUCCGUGGACACCAGACAGCAGAUUGGACAAAGGUUUUGCCCGUCCACGAAACAAAGAACGAGGGUUCUUGGGUAUUCUCAGCCUUGAGUCUCCAUUUCUGGACCAGCCGCGAGAACCAAACAUUUGACAGCGAUGGGUGGGUCAGUGAGGGCCAUUUUGUGGUCUUUCACAACUGACGUGACCUAUCUUCUAAAACAGGGGUCUCCAACCUUGGUCCCUUUAAGGCUUGUGGACUUCAACUCCCAGAGUUCCUCAGCCAGCUUUGCUGUCUGAGGGACUCUGGGGGUUGAAGUCCACAAGUCUUAAAGGGACCAAGGUUGGAGACCCCUGUUCUACAAGUCUGUGUUAACUAGGGCUCACCAAAACAUUCCUCUUUCCUAAGAAUUUGAUUUAGGCCUUCAAAGGAAUCUCCCUUUUUAAAUUCCUUCUCAGCUCAACAUCUUCCAGAGUUUUGGAAUUCUGGGUCCACCAGAAGUGACCCAGGGCACGGCACAGAGAUAACACAAAGAGCUGGCAGUUCAAACCGCCCCUUUAUUGCUCCAAAGCUCCCCCAAACGCUCCCACGUUUCUGGCAAGUCCCAGAGCAGAGUGAGAACAAACCCCCAUACAAACCUCAAGCAGCCUCCGGCUUCAAUUAGUCCAGCCCAAAGUUGUCUGCACCAAGGCUGCACGGCAAUAAAUCCCAAAGGUCUUUGACAAAAACAAGAGUCAAACAAGGAGUUCAGGGAGCAAAAGAUCCAGGUAAUUAAUCCAGAACGCCAACAAGGAAUGCAAGGACUCUUGGCAAGUUCAAACGUACUUCAGGAACUCAGUGUUUGUUCCCGACAAAUGCCCUUUCCCACGGUGUCUCCUUAAGUCUCAUUCCCCAGUUGUGCCUGGUGAAGCUGAGCGGGACACUCUCCUCGCGCGUAACCUACUCCGUCUGCACUGAUCACGCUUUCUCUGCACUCUCAGAGCCCUUGGAUCAGGACGGGCUGGUUCUUACUCCUCGUCUGAGCUCUGUGUCUCCUUGCCUGGACUGGCUCUGCCCUUCCCCAGUUUCCUCUCCCUCGUUGUCAGUUCUUGUUCCAACUCAUCUUCCACAUGACAGGAAGUUUAAAACCGAAGGUGGGUCAAGAUAGAGAAGAAGAAGAAGAAGCUAAAGAAAGGAUUUCUUGAAGAGAAGCUACAAGAAAGGGCAGAUUUAAUCCCACCGGGCAAAAUUUUGCACAGUUUUCUUUUUAUAAAAUAUCUUUUGGAGGCGUUCAAGAAUCUGCUUUCAAAAACUCAUCUUCAAGUUAGUCCAGAGAGCUUAAACCUUGGCUGAAAUUUUAUUAGUGGCAGAAUUCCUCUUUCGCCCCUUCGGAGUCUCCAAAUUCGCAAGCGUCGCAUUUGAAAACGUUGGAUAUUUUGAAUCUCAAGGGACGUAUUUUGAAUCGAAAGAGUCACCUUAAAAUGGGCGAGAUGGGCAGCCCAUCAAUUUAAUAAAUCAUCCGUUACUUCAUCUUUGACCUCUUUAGUUUACUGCCGCCAAGCUUUAGCUGGCAGCGAAGAGAAUUCCUGGCUGAAUUUUUUUUUUUAACUUCCUUUUGGCUUUGACGUGGGUACCGGGUUCGAAUUUGCAUCCUGCAUUGCUCCCCCAUCGUAGCUGGUGCCUACGGAAGCUAGGUUUGGCUUGCGUGGCUUCGGCUGGCCCUCGCUUUGCAAAAGUUCUUUCAUCACUGCCAACUUCUCUUAAACUUAGAAAAAACGGGUCAUUUUUUUUAAAAAAGAAAAAAAAGAAUAAAUCAUUUCUCGGUCACGCUCACAAUCAAGUAAGGGCUCCCAAGAAUCGUGCAGGGCUUACUCACAGAUUGCAACAGAUUUCCCCUCCCCGUGGUUAAUUUCACGACUACCCUGUUUGAGUUGCGAAUGGCCAAAUAUUUAUCUUUAGAACAGGGUUUAUCGACCGUGGCCCCUUUAAGAUGGGUGGACUUCAACUCCCAGAAUUCCCCAGCCAGCGUUGCUGGCUGGGGAAUUCUGGGAGUUAAAGUCCACCCAUCUUAAAGGGGCCACGGUCCAUAAACACUGCUAUAACUACAGAUACGAGUAGCAACUGAUGUGUUUUCGGGCUACACAGGUUCCCCUGCUGCCCUUUCUGGUUUUAACGUGGGUGUGUAUGUGAUUCACACUUUCUCUCCUGUGUGCGUGUGUAUGCCUAAUGUGUGUGUGUGUAUAUAUAAAUAUAUAUAUGUACAUAUCUAUCUACAGAUUCUGUUCGAAAGAGUCGAGCUUUUUAACUUUGCUCGAUCCGGGUUGCCCAGCUGUGUGGAAACAAGCCACUUUUCGGUGGAUACCCGGUUGAAAAAAAAAAAGAAAAAGAAAAAGAAGGUUUCGUUUGACAGGGAUAUAAAUAUUGGCGUGUGUGUGGGAAAAAAAACACAAAAAUUUCUCUGCAGGUUUCCUUUGUCUUUUCUUACAGUUGUUGACUCUUCUGGUUUUAGAGGUUUGGGCGAAAGGGAAUACCGAGUAUUUUCUUUUCCAAUAAAUUUCAUAUGCAAACGUCUAAA